UCAGAGUUCGAGCUCUAGCUUCUCUUCCCGGUCUAUAUAACAAGGCCCUCUCUGCACGCUUCAUCCUCACAUCGCGCAUAAUUCUAGAGGCAUUUUUUUACAAGGAGAUACGAGCACAGCGAGAGGAAACAGAAGAGAAGAGCAGGAUACCCAUGGAGAGGGUUGCAUCGCGCUGUGCCAGCCUCCUCGCACAAAGGAGGGGCUACUCUGCGGCCGCGGCCAUGGCGAAGGGAGCCGGGAGGAGCCCCGCUGCCGAGGAGAAGACCGCCGUCGCGGCGAAGAGCGCAAUGGCGGCCAGGAAGGACGUGGGCGCUGGCGCCGAGAAGGCGGCGUGGGUGCCGGACCCGGUGACCGGUUACUACCGGCCGUCGGGCGCCGCCAAGGAGGUGGACGCGGCUGACUUGCGCGCCAAGCUGUGCUGCUAAGCAAAGCAAGGGAACUAAUUGACGGCCGCUCAUCAACAACGUUUCUUCCAUCAAGAGCUUAUACUUAUAUAAGCGUAAAACCGAAGAUUGUGAGGCGUUUCCACAGCUCUGAUCGAGCACGGCUUUGCCUUAAGAUACGUGCUCCCAUUGAUCGCCAUAAUCCACUUUUUCCUGCCGUGGCGUGUGUAGGAAAAUUCGCUAGGUAUGAGGGUGGUAUAUCCUAAUAUGAGGCUUAUUGCUUAUUUCCAUAUCAGUUUCAGUGUCGUCGAAUACCACAUACUCCCUUCCGUUUCAAAAUAAAUAAAUGACUUAACUUUAUAUUAGUCCAAAGUAAAUACAAAGUUGAGUCAUUUUUUUUAAGACGGAGGAGGUAUUUACCUACCUGUUUGGGAUGUUAGCUUGAUACAAGAAUGUAAUUUUGUACUGUUGAUUAAAUAAUGUAUAAAGUGAUUAAACGAUGAA